ACACGAUCCAACUCGUCGUUCUCGUCUCUUUAGCUUGUGUCAGUUUCACAGCUGCCGGCGUCAUAUUUACUUAAGGGGCGUGUCCUAGUGGGGGCCAAAGUGGGCUUUACCUGGAACCGUCCGAACUGUGAGAAAUGUGAAUGUGUCCAGGGAGGAUACAACUGCUCCACCUGCACCUACAGGAAAUAUCCAGCUGCUUGUAAUGUCGAGUAUGAAAAGGUCUAGACGCUGUCAAAACUUUUACAUCAAGAUGAACGGAAUCCAACUCGUCAUUUUGGUCUCUUUAGCUUGUGUCAGUUUCACAACUGCCGGGGUCAUAUUUACCAAAGGAACGUGUCCUAACGGAGCCAAAGUUGGGGCUGUGUGGUACAAAGCACCCUGUGAGAAAUGUGAAUGUGUACAGGGAGGCUACAACUGCUACACGUGCAACUACAGGCCUUAUCCAGCAGUCUGUAAUGUCAUGUAUGAAAAGGGAAACUACCCAAUCUGCUGUAAGGCUUUAGUUGACUGUCCUUAUAGUGCAAUGUCUUGAAUCAAAUGAUAAAAAUUCAUGUCUUGUAGAAAGUACGAUAAAAUAA